CCCUCCACGGGAUCGAUUAGCUGAGCUAGCAUGGACACAAAGGCGUGCAUCUCGCUUGUAAUCCUCGCGCUCGUGCUCGCCGGACCGGACACGAGGGCUGCGGCGCUCCCCGGCAUCGACGCCGCGGCGGCGGUGAUGCCAACGUCGUGGUCCUCCAUGAAGCUGGAGGACGGCGUGGCGACGGAGCUCGCGGAUUCGGCUACGGUGGACCUGGAGGGGCACCGCCGCGUCCUCGCCGGCAGAGGCAUCAGCGCGAGCUCCCUGAACCCCAACAAGGCAGCCUGCACCAGGACGUGCCCGGCGCGUGGAGGGGCCUACACCGGCCGGGCAUGCCUCCGAAGGUACCAGUGCCGUUAGGGGGAGUGAACGGAACAGCCCUGAGGCUGUUGCUCCAACCUCCUUCCUGCACUGCACUUCGCCCGUCCGAUCAGUGUUAUACUGUAUAUUUUCAUUUCCAUUUUGCCCGUGUCGUUUACGAUCGUGUCAGGUUUCUUGAAGUAGUACGUAUAACUUUGCACGCAGUCUUGUUUGUAGCACUGUUGAGUGGUGGUGAUUGUACCAUCCAAUCAUGAUCGAAAGCAGAUGUAUGCUACAUAUAUAAAGCCAUUAUUAAA